UUAGGAAUUGUUAAACCAUCAAGUGCCAAAAAUAGCAUCUGAAAAGAAUAAAUUACAAUCCAUACAAUUUCAAAAGCACUAGUAAAAUGGGUAGCUCAUUUGUUUUCAAGUUAGGUGGAGUAAUGUUGUUGUGCAUGCUGGUAAUUACACCAAAUGUGGAGGCUGGUGUAACAUGUGGUCAGGUUACGAGCAGCCUGGCACCGUGUAUGUCGGCUCUUACGGGUGGUGGGAGCCCAUCCCCGGCUUGCUGCGGUGGGAUUAGGUCCUUAAACAGCAUGGCUUCAACACCAGCAGAUAGGAAAGCUGCUUGCAGCUGUUUGAAAUCUGCAGCUUCUUCAGUAAAGGGUAUUAAUUUGUCUGCAGCAAGUGGACUCCCUGGUAAAUGUGGUGUUCACAUUCCUUACCCUAUUAGCACUUCUGUUGACUGCUCAAAGGUGAACUAGAUGUCAAAAUUCCAGUAUUUCAGAUAGAAACUUAAAACUCUGCUAAACUAUUACCGUAUAUAUUUAUAUUUUAUUGUGUGUAUCAUAUAAUAAAACAAAGUAUAGAUGAGACUCCUUUAGCUAGAGUCCUCUGUACUUGAUAUAUAUGUAUCUUUGUCACUAGUAUAAUUUGAUCGAUAUAAACUAGUUUCUCUUUUUCUA